AUAACAGAAUGCAAAAAACUUUCCGUUGGAACGGCACCGUGGACUGAAAAGUUGUAAAAUAAUCGUAAGAGGGUGGCUGUGCACGAGUUCGGAAGUAUUCGGUAAGUAUACGUUGAUGGGAUUUGUUUCUAGCAGCGGGAAAAUUCCCACCCACGUUAGACAUAAUGCGAGACGGCCCUGCUCAUAGUCGAAAGCAAUCGAAGGUAGUCGAAGUCGUCCGAGGACAGUGGAAAAUAGUGGGACGUUUCCCCUCUUUCGGUUGUGAUUGCCCCUCUGUUCCCACCAUCGGUUGCGCAUCCCUUCCCCCGUGCUCGUUGGCUCUCUCUCUGUUCGUCUCGUUACCGUUGGCGGUUCUCUCGGUCGUUUCCUCCUCCCUCUCUGUCUCGCUCCGACUGCCUGUCUCCCUCUCUGUUCCCUUCCGUCUUUGUCGUUCUCUGUCUCUCCUUCUUGCUCGUUCGGCUCGUUCUUAACGUCAAACCACUUAGGGCCGCGGACCUCGGCAGUCAGUCGAUCUUUCCUAGCAGCAGCAUUCCGGCAUUUUCCACCUGAUCGCGCGCGAGCGGUCCGGCAAACGCCAUUUUGUUCGAUCACGUCUUCGUUUCACGUUAGAAGAGAGUAUCCUCGUGCGUAAAAACGUUCGUAUGUGCCGCGCACCCUUCCACGCCCCGUGGAACACCUGCGUUUACCGAAAACACAACAAACGAAGGCGACGCACUUUGUAACACGCGCGCGCGUUGUUGUCGACGUCGACGUCGUCGUGUGGUGCCGGUGGUUUUUACUUCGGGACCGUUGGCCGUUGGUUCCGUCAAGCGAGAAGGGGCGAAUUCUCGCGAACGCGGAAAAGGACGCCGCGACGUGUUGUUUUGUCCGUCGACGAGAACCCGCACGGAACACGGAGUGCGUGACCCCGCGCGUGGUGUUCUCUUCCUCUACACGUUUUUUCUCCUCGUUCAGCGACGUUCUGGACGACGCCUGGGAAACAAUACACGAGAAAACGGGAGCGCCUUCCCGAGAGAUUGGAAACCACUGAUGGAGAGCACGUGAGGCGUCCCAAACGUCGAGGGAAGUCACGAUCGACGAGCACGUCCGUACUGAUGCGAGCGUAAAUGCUUCGAGCACCUUCGGCGUGGAAAUAUUCGUCCGAUUGAUAGAGGCCCGGGUCGGUUUGACUUCGAGAACGAGCCUAACAAUUGACCUCCCAUCCACUGACACCCUGGCGGUGGGAUCACGGUGAGCCGCAGCGACAACGGGGUCCAGGCUGUUCCAAACGUUGGCGACGCUACCAGACUCGCGCAUGCUUCAGCAACGAGGCGGUUCAUCCACGACACCUCCCGCGACGUCAUCGUCCAACAUGUUCCCCCAACAGUAUUGUCUACGAUGGAAGUACCAUCACAGCAAUCUACAGACCAUGUUCUCACAGCUGCUGGAGCGGCAAGCGUACUGCGACGUCACUCUGGCCUGCGAGGGCAAGACUCUGAGAGCGCACAAGGUGGUUCUGUCGGCGUGCAGCACGUACUUCGACACGAUUCUGUCCCAGUACGAGGAGAAGGACCCGAUCGUCAUAAUGCGUGACGUGAAAUUCUCGGAUAUCAAGGUCCUGGUCGAGUUCAUGUACAAGGGAGAGAUCAACAUCGAUCACACGAGAUUGUCGUCCCUGUUGAAAACCGCGGAGGAUUUGCACAUCAAGGGUCUGGCCGAAGUGAGCUGGCGCAGCGACUCCUCGCAGAACGACCUGAGCAACAGCGGGCACAGUCCCGGCGCGGCGCCUCCGGGCGUCGAGACGGUCCUCAGGGAAGGGGACGCCGACGAACCGCCGCCUCCGAAGCAGAGACGCAGAGGGCGUCCGCCCCUGGACGAUCCACCCUCGGCCCACGACGUCUUCACACCGAAAAUCACCUGCAUCACCGGAAAUGAGGAAAUGAUGAGCGAGGGCGGCGACCACGAGAGCUGGGACGACGAAAUGAUGAUCAACGAGAGUAACGAAACGCCACUGCCGGUUCUAUCGUACAUGUCCAAGGAUGACAGCAUAUGCGAUCAGGAAAAGAAAGUGUUUUCCACGCCCUCGAAUUCCAACGCCACGAAUCCAUCGAUCCCCGAGCAAUUCCGAGACGUCGUGAAGAUGAACGAUUACCUGACGACGGGACGCCGCCAAGAGUUCUGGGAGGAGCCGUUUACGCGGCGCGUUAUGGACGCCAUUAAAAGCAAAGAACUGGAAAUGAAGACUGCCGCCGAGAUACUUGGCGUGUCCUACGGAACCCUCUAUGGCAGAUAUCGCGACAGUUAUGGCUGCCUGAAACAUCCGUAUAGAGUAAGGGACUUCUGGUCGGAGCCAGGUCCGGCAGACGUGCUGGCAAAGCUCCGGAGGAAGGAGAUCACGUUGUUCCGCGCGGCAGAGUUCCUGAACGUGACCGUCCAUACGUUGGCGACCUAUCUGUCGACGCUGCAGGGCCCGGACAGGAUCUCCCUGGCCGGUGACCUGAGCGUCGCGUCCGGUCAGGUAGACGGGAACAACGAGACGCCGGAGAACAACGACUCGAUGAACGACAUCCUGCAGAAGAUAAACGCGAACGCGGCCACCACGGGGACGCUGUCCUCGUCCACGUCCAUAAAACGGGAGGGCGGCGGUUACAUCGAUGUGCCGACGGCGGUGCCGAAGGCGGCCACGUCCGUGCUGGAGAACAAUCCGGACAUCACGAUCGUGAAGACGGAGAACGCGCCGCGCAAGCGGGAGUACGCGAAAGUAUCGAACACGGAGAACAACAACGCGAAGCUGAUGAGCGGCGGGGCGGUGAGCGAGGUGACGCAGCAACAAUCGACGCAGCAGCAACAGCCGUUGCAGCAACCGUUGCAGCAACAGCAAAAGAUCACCGACCAGCUGUCGUUAAACAACGACAACAGCAAACCCUAACUAUUCAGGCCUUAUCUGCAGCCGGCGAAUCCCCGUGCACCGAGCGUUAGCUACAACAGGUCCGAGCUGUGCCCCCGCAGUUUCUACUCGAACGUGUUUACCCGCUUCCUCACGAAUUUUCAUUUGAAGUAGACGACAAAGGGGUGAACCGCGCGUCGUCCCGUUCGCGAACAAAGACCGUUCUCUCCAUUCGUCGCUGCCUUCUCCUCCCAAUCGUUGAAACGCUCCGCGCACGCCAGCAGAGAGUAGCUUUUAGACAAUCUCGCGUGUACUGAUCGUCCUCGUGGCACCUGGCCGUAGUUGCAUCGAGGACGGGAGAGGUCUAAUCACGAGCGGUAAAAAAUAGAUAUCCCGGAGACGGAUACGCGUCGAACGACCUUCGGCUUCUGCCCGAUGCAACGCCGGCCGGUCGUAAUAUAUAUUUUCCGAGUAUAGAGAUACAGAAGAGAGUGUGUCCGAACCGGAGAGCGAUUCCUUCGUAAAUUUAGUACCUAGCGAAAUAUAUACAAUCUGUAUGGUUAUCCGUUACUUCAGAAUUGGUUCGCUUCAAAUCCAAGUCGUCUGGUAGCCCCGACCGAGCGUAUUCGGGACACGUUUUUUGGCCUUCGGGAACAAGGAAAUAAAGAGAGGGGGAGGGAGGGGGGAGGGGGGAUGGGAACGGGGGUCAGAAACGAAAAUAAAGGGAAACGAAACGUGUGUGACAAAGUUCAAUCGAAGUUCCUUUUGAAUAACGAUGCGCGUGAAGGGUGUAUCGCGAAAAGAAUGCCUAGACUAUUUUCUGCCGCAUGUGUCUGUAUGGUAGCACCUAAAGAGCGACAAUAUUAUUCACCCGCAGCCCCCGUAGGUCCGUCGGAGCGUAGAGAGUCCCAGCCACCACGGAGCCAUCCCUCGAACGAACAGAAUCGUUUCUCGUGCAGCGAUCGUCGCCGAUUCCCAGCGAACGUUGCCACGCUUCCGCGAACUCGAGGAAGCCUUAACUAACCGUUAGAGUUCCGUAAGGGUACGCGUUCGCCGACGUAAAAUUUCUUUCCGACCGUAUCGGGAUCGCGAGGAUCGAGAAAUCCUCGACGAUCGCUUCCGACACACCGUCUGCAACCUCGAAUAACGGUUACGAGUUCUAUUUUCUUUUUUCCUCGCACAGUCUCUAGAGAGCGUUGGGCGCGAUUACUCGAAUCGAAAUUCGAUUUCGAGUUAAUUUUUGUCGAUCAAUCGUCGAGGUGAUCCAAAGUGAUCUUUAAUCUGUCGACCAAACCGUUUAUUUAAUCGACCAAAAACGAGCUGAUUUAUUAUUGAACUGGAACGAUAACAUUCAUUUGCCAUUAACAGAGGGAAAACGGUCCGAUACAAGUCGAUCGAACAAAUUUAGAAUUAUGAUUAUUUAAUGCGACAUCAGAGAAACGGAUUAACGCGUCGACUGCCACGACAGUCUUAUUUUAUAGCGUUUCUAAUGACAAUAAUAUUAUUGAAAACUUUACAGAUAUCAGGGUUUUAUUUUGAGUAUUUUACGGUUUGUUUCUUUUUACCGAAAACCACUGUGAAAGGGUUUAAGAGUCGCGAGUUUGCAAUUCCGAUAGCAGUCACCGUGUUAAUCGAGUUCCAAUUCGACUAAUGUUCGAUCGAUCGAUUAUUGCCCAACGCUGGUCCCUGCCUAUCGCUUCGUCCCUAUUUGUUUUUUUUUUUUUGUUAGAAUGGUAUAUGGAGUAGAAUUUAUCGCACAUAGAGGAGAGGUACAUUUUAGAGGCGACGUUUAGGUAUCACGCGCGCGAGCCUUUUCUUUAAUUUUUUUUUUAUAUAUAUAUAUAUAUAUAUAUAUGUGUGUGUGUGUUGUAUGCUGUAGAGACUUUUAAGUGGCUUUUAUUUAAGCGACGAUUGCCGGAUCGACGACGAAAGGUGAUUUAUCUCGAAGAAAAAUUAAUGAUACACACGCGUAUUAAACGUCCAUUGUAAAUAAUCGGUGCAGUAGCGAGUCCUAAAAACUAAUCUUUAUAUUAUUUUGUCGCGUAGCGCGCGGGCAGCGCGCUCUUUUUAAAACGGAGGAACGACAGGUAAAGGGGAGAGGGUAGAGGGAGGGGGAUAAGUACGCCUGGAUUUUUAUAGUGACCGUGCAAUAACGUUUCGAGUCUUUCGCUCGUUAAAGGCGAAAAGAAAGUAGAACGAGAAAAACGC